AUGUCGGACCGGCUGGGCAAGCCCACCUGCCUCAUCGUCGCCAGCGCCGCCGCCGCGGGUGUGUCAGCCCAGUCCUUCCUUCACUGCUUUACACUGACCAGCUCUGCUUUUAACCUGCAAGUUGCGACUCCUGGGGGGAAGUCAAUUGAUUUUGCGGAUGUGAACGAGAGCAACAUGCGCUGGGUACAGGACUUCCGUAUGAAAUCGUAUGCGAACCCUGCCAAGUUGGAGUCGAUUGAUGGUGCUAGAUACCAUGCGCUGCUGAUUCCAAACUGCCCUGGGGCUGUGACUGACCUUGCAAAUAGUGGGUACCUGGCUAAGAUAUUGCAGCACUUCAGCACUGAGAACAAGCCUAUCUGUGCGGUUGGACACGGGGUUGCAGCUUUGUGUUGUGCCACCAAUGAAGAUAAAUCCUGGGUGUUUCAGGGAUACAGCCUGACAGGGCCCUCUGUGUACGAACUAGUAAGGCAGCCUAAUUUUGCCAGUUUGUCCAUUAUCGUGGAAGAUUUCGUGAAAGAUUCUGGAGCUACAUUCAGUGCCAGCAGUCCAGAUGCUGUACAUGUUGUGCUGGACAGGCACCUGGUGACAGGACAGAAUGAGAAUUCCACUCUUCCUGCGGUCCAGAAUCUUCUCAUUCUUUGCAAUGUCAGGUGAAUGUGUGUUAGAAGUCCUUUCCUGGCUGUGGACUAAUGGGUCGUGUCAUGUUUGGAUGUGUUUCCUUCAGCAGGAAAUGAAGGAGCAGGUCUCUUUCCAAAUAGGAUGGAUGAAGAGCCAGCAGGCUAAGGAAUUUCUUGUCUGUUGACUGGAUAAAACAUCCUUCUAAAUUUCUGUCCUGGACUAUGAAGUGACUGUGACACUGAAGUGGCAAUGUCAGGUUUUGCACAUAUAUAGAGUGGAUGAAGGCUGUGAAUAAGAAAACUUAGAAGUGCAUCACACUUCAGAAGCAACUAUGAAACCACCUUGCAUUUUUGUUGCUACAUCUUUUUUCACUGCUUCUGUCUAGACCCUUAUUUUACAGAUGUGGGGAACUGUCUUUUUUUUUAAAAAAAAAAGUUGGUGCUAUGAAUACAAAUUGCUGAAGCUGAA